AUGACAAUUACCUGAAGCUUUCGGUCCUCCAGAGAGUGGAAAAAUCGUGGAAACCGAGGUCUCAGUGGUAAUUCGCGUUGGUAACGCGAGGGAGUACGUGGGGAUUGUCAUUUGAAUGUUGUGAGGGUGGACAAUUGAUACUGUUGAUUAGCCGGAUCAGUGCUGAUUAGAAUGGCUGCUAUUUCUUCCUUCAGUGCUUUGCAAAUUGCACAGAAGAAAACUGUCCUGUCGUUGGCUCCAGUUGCCCUCCAGCACUGUCAGUACUCCGAUCUACCUCGAAUAAUAAAAAAUCCAACGACCGUGUCUUUGAAGAGAGGAACAGGUGGAAGAAGUUCAUUCAAUGGCAUCGUCUGCACUGUCUUCGGUAACACUGGCUUCCUGGGGCGCUACCUUUGUAAUCGAUUGGGGAAAAUUGGCACCCAGAUCAUUUUGCCCUAUCGAGGCGACCACUAUGGCUCUAUGCGCCUAAAACUCACUGGAGACCUGGGGCAAGUUCUGUUUCACCCCUUCCAGCUCACCGAUGAGGAUUCAAUCAGAAAGUGCAUCAAGUACUCGAACGUCGUGAUUAAUCUGAUUGGACGUGACUGGGAGACGAAGAACUUCAAGUUCGAUGAUGUUCAUGUUCAUGGAGCGAGGAGACUUGCCAGGUUGGCGAAGGAAGCUGGGGUCGAAAGGUUUAUUCAUGUCUCAGCCCUCAGUUGCAGCCCAAAUCCCGAGCCCAUCCUCCUGCCAAAGGGCUCAGGGUUCUUCAGGUCGAAGUGGGAGGGUGAACAAGCCGUGAAGGCCGAAUUCCCAGAGGCCACCAUCGUCAGACCUGCGACGAUCUAUGGGCAGGAGGACAGGUGGAUCAAUGUUUACUGUACGUUCCCGAGAAGGCACUUGAGGGGCACUCCUUUGUGGAAAAAGGGUGAGAAAACCGAAAAGCAACCGAUUUGGGUUGGCGACGUGGCUGCUGGAAUCACUGCCCUAGUGCGAGACCCAUCGACGGCUGGAAAAACUUAUCAAUUUGCUGGUCCUCAGCGAUACAAACUUGCAGACCUCGUCGACUGGAUGAACUUCAUGAUCAGAAGAGAAGCGGUAGAAUAUGGAUACAGGAGAUUGGACCUUAAGAACUGCCCCUUUUUCAAAUUAAAAGUCAAUCUGUUUGAGGGUCUGAGCCCAGGAUACCCAGUGGGAAAUCUCCACUGGGAUGGCUUGGAGAAGGAACACACAUCCGACAUUCUCGUCCCCGAGCUCCCAACCCUGGAGGACAUCGGCAUUUCCCCCUGCACAAUGGAGUCGCGAAUAGCCUGGGAGUUGAGACCUUUCAAGCAAAUGGCUUUCUACACGGAGAGCAUCGGUGAAUUCCAAGACCCCAAGCCACCAAAGCCCAUCAACGUGAGCCCAGCUUAACAAAGCAACUGUAAUAACAAAAUAAAGUCAAAAAUUUACGAAUCAUCAUGAUUGUAGUCAGAAUAAAGGUCAAUCUGCACCUUCUGGUGGGGUUGUUACAACUGCUACCUUAUUAUUACUCUUUGUUUAUAAAUCAUUGAAGAAAAUUUGUAGCGACACUUGCGAUCGGAGUUUAUGUAAUAUAUCAGCGAGUUGCGAAGAUGAA